AUGAAGGACGACAUGGACGAAGGACGAUAUGGACGGAGGACGAUAUGGACGAAGGACGAUAUGGGCGAAAGGCGAAAAGGACGAAGUACGGAAAAACGAAGGACGAAUAGGACGAAAAGUACGAAGGACGCAAAAAGACGAAGGACGAAAAGGACGAAAGACGAAAGACGAAAUGGACGAAAGACAAAAAGGACGAAAGACGAAAAGGACGAAGUACAAUAUGGACGAAAAACGAUAUGGACGAAAGACGAAAAGGACGAAAAGCACGAAAAGGACGAAUCGGACGAAAAGGACGAAAAGGACGAACAGGACGAAGGACAAAAAGGACCAAGGAUAAUAUGGAUGAAAGACGAAAAGGAUGAAACACAAAAUAUUGAAAAAUUAAAAAUUGAAAACUCGUGGAACUGCAAAAGUUGGAAUGCUGGACCAAAAGUUCGAAGGACGAAAAGGACGAAAGACGAAAAGGACGAAAAACGAAAAGGACGAAAGGCGAAAUGGACGAAAGACGAAAAGGACGAAAGACGAAAAGCACGAAAGACGAAAAGGACGAAGUACGAUAUAGACGAAGGACGAUAUGGACAAAAGACGAAAAGGACGAAGGACGAUAUGGACGAAGGACGAUAUGGGCGAAAGACGAAAAGGACGAAGGACGAAAAAACGAAGGACGAAUAG